CGUGCACGAAAGGCGCAGUGAGGAAAAGUGGUUGAAGAUAUUCGCAACAUCAGGUUUUGUGGUUGUUGACCAAGAAGGCAGGACAAACACGCUGCACACCACCACACGCAACACACUGCACCACACACUGCACUGCACUGCACUGCACUAGCCAUCAUGGUGAUGACGGAAGGCGUUGCGCUGGCCCUGUUGUUUGGGUCGUCCAGUGCUGUACUCCUUGGACUGCUCAUGGACAAGCCCGAACCUGGAUCGUCUCCUCGCCACAGAAACUUCCGCGAGAUCUUCUCCUCUGGGUACUGCACGGCGUUUGCUGGGACGGCUUGCUUCAAUUGGACUGACACGGCGAAAGUGCGCAUGCAAGCAGAGUCCAUGUCUGUGCCCGAUCCCAGCAAACGCGUGUACACAACAUUUGGCAGAACCAUGCGCACCAUCGUCGCGGAGGAAGGCAUCAGUUCCCUCCUGUCUGCCGGCAUUGUGUCGGCAUGCUACAGAGACAUCCUGUACUCUGGCAUCCGGUACGGCGCCUACCCGAUCGUCAAGCGCGUCAUCUUCGACUCCGAAAACGCAAACGUGGGCGACGUCGGCAUCCUGAAGAAAAUGUUCUCCGGUGCAGUCACGGGCGGCUUUGGCGCCUUGAUUGCAAACCCAACAGACGUGGUCAAGAUUCGCAUGCAGCGGGAAGCUGGCCGCGUGGCGAACACGCCCAAGGGCCCCGUCUACGUCACGGGGCUCUCCAAGGGGCAUGCCGUCAGAUACCACAACGGGUUCCAGGCGAUGGCGCACAUCAUUCGCGCAGAAGGGUUCCUCAAGAUGUAUGCCGGGUCGUCCGCAACCGUGAUUCGCGCCGCCAUGGGCACGGGCGCGCAGCUGGCAGCCUACGACCACACAAAGUACCUGGGCAAGAAGCACUUUGCAGCCAGCGAGGGCCCCAUGCUGCACGCCGCGGCAUCGCUCGUGUCAGGCCUCACCUUUGCCACAGCAGCAGCGCCGGCGGAUGUGGUCAAGUCGCGGUACAUGUCUGAGCCGCACCUGUUCAAGAACCCGCUCGAUUGCCUUGUCCAGCUUGUUCGCCACGAGGGCCCGCUUGCCCUCUUCCGUGGCUGGACCCCUUCUGCCGUGCGCAUCUGCUCGCUCUUUGUCGUCAUGACCCCGAUCUAUGAGCAGAUUCGUCAGGCCCUUGGCUUGGGCUGGUUUGGUUGAGUGUCUGGCGCGAGGACGUCGAAUCGAACGCUCUUCCCGUUGAAGCAUGACCGGCCGCACACUCCUGCUGCCCCUCUUCUCUUUGUGAUGUGUCGUGGUGAUGUGGGUCUUUUUUUCCGGACUGUAUUG